AUGGGAUUGAAAGAAGAUCUCGAGUCAAAACCACCUUGCCAUCCUCGCGCUUGUGCUAUUCAAGAUUGUUUGGGAAAGAAUGGUUAUAACGAAGCCAAAUGUUCUCGCUAUAUCGAUGCCUUGUACGAAUGCUGCGACGCUUUCUAUAAAAAACAUGGAGACGGUGCAACAAGUCCCAGCUGCCCGAAAGCAAACCUUUUACGUUUAAAAAUGAAGCAGCGACAAGACGAGCAUAGCAAGUGA